AUAGCAAGACACAAACAUAGCUGAAUACAUUAGUAAUCCAAGGAUGGUUAUCGAAAAUAAAGUUUGCUUGUGGGUAUAUCUACCAAUUUACCUUCAUGAGUGAAAUCGACCAGAGAAGCUUUUAAUUUUGUGGAAGAUUGACUUCUAAUAUAUCUUUUAUAAGGCCAUUCCAAUGCAGUAUCAUAACUUAUUAGCUAGAAUAAUCCACACCCAUGUAGGUUGUACUUAAUAUAUUUUAAGACAUAACGCCAAAUUUUCUAUUUUAAUAAAAAUAUUGUGGGAAGCCAAUAUUGUUCAGUUGAAAUUGUUACACUGUUUUGAGUCACUGGUGCGUAUAAUGCUGGUAGAAGAUUUCACUUUAAAUUCCGAUGUGUAUCUAUAUGAAUGUUUUAUGAAUCUCAUAUCUCCAUUCUUCUGAACAUUUAAAGAUCAGUUCUAUUUCAGGUGACGAGUGUGGCUGUCGGAUGCAAUGGCUCCAGAGAUCCCCUCCUUGUUACUAGCUGUGGUCGCCAUCGUCUGUACGAUACUCCUCCUCGGGAUAACAAAACUACGUAGAAAUUCUAAAGGAAUUCAAUCGUUUCCCAAGGACGUGGUACUUUUACACCAUUGUGGAAAAGGGCCCUAUGUUCCUAGCUUGUCACCAUUCAUUAUCAAACUAGAAACAUUUCUAAAAAUGGCAGGCAUCCCUUACCAAGUGUGGUCGGUAGGGGAUGCUCACUCCUCGGUCGCAGGUGAUCCAGACUCUUAUGUUGCGGAGAUAGUUCGAGAUUAUAAACUCGGACCGAAGGGUAAAGUGCCAUGGAUGGAAUACAAUGGGAAGGCUAUGGGAGACUCUCAGCUCUGUAUGGAGUACCUAACAGAAGAACUGAAUGUUGACAUAGACGACCAUCUGUCCACAACAGAAAGAGCCAUAGGGACGUCAUUCCAGCGAAUGGUGGAUGAACAUACUUAUUGGUUGAUGGUCCAUUGGCGAUGGGCCUUUGAUAACAAGAAAUGUUUAAAACAAGCAAACUGGGGACUCCUGGCUCUGUCUGUCGCUAAAUAUAUCCAGAAAAGGGCAACUUACACACAAGGAGUUGGGAGACACACGAAGCCAGAGUUAAUGAACAUUCUGAGAAAAGAUUUCCGGGCAUUGUCUAAUUUCCUAGGAACAAAAAAAUAUUUCUUUGGUGAUAAGGUUUCUUCCGUGGAUUGCAGUAUAUUUGCACAGUUAUCUCAAUUUCUUUGGCAUUUACCAGAAUCUGAGCCAAACAUAAUGUUAAAAGAUGAAUUUUCUAACUUGUGUGACUACUGCGAACGGAUGAAAAGUGCAUUAUGGAAGGACUGGAAUGAUAACGUGUUAUUUCCAGCUAAAGACACCUAGAAUUUUUUAAACUAAAUUAUAUUGUACAAUGAUGGUUUUUUGUUGUCUGUUGUCCAUAAAUAACAGUUAUUUUUCUUAUGUUAUUGCAAAUAUUUCAACAUUGGUAUAUUAGAUGAGGAUCUCAUUGUGAUUUUGGUAUCAACUACAUGUAUUUAUUCGUCAUUAUUUUAAUCAAUGCCUGCUUGAACAUUCAUGGGAUGUAAAUUGUAUCAUUUUAUGUUUUUUAAAGAUAAAUAUUUUUGCUGCAACAUAGCAAACCUAUUUGAUCAACCCUGCUUUAUG